CCAAAUCGCUCUCUUGCUACAUAUGUACCUACCCAGUAAAAAAGUUGUCAAGUAGACCACCCGAUAAGUAACUACCUCCUCGUUAUAAAAUUUGGUCUUGUGCUGCCAACUGUGAGAAGAAAAGGAGCACAUCACUCUUUCUCAUCCAGAUACCCAGAGGCCACCACACCAAUAUAAUCCAAGCCAUGCCGCAGUCUUGGUGGCACAAGCUGAUAAAUCGCAGCCACUGGUUGUCGUAAUUGGUCAAGAUGAAAGGCAACGAGAUAUCUCUUCCUGCUAUCCUCAAGAUGCCCUAUAUCAUAGAUCAGUUUACUCAAUUGUAUCCCCCAAAGCCUCACUUCACUGAAAAGGACCUCCCAUCUCUUUAUGGCAAGGUCUACAUUGUCACCGGGGCCAGCAGCGGCGUAGGCAAGGAUCUGUCUCAACUACUCUAUUCGAAAGGCGCCAAAGUCUACGUCGCGGCCCGCUCGCAUAAUAAAGCCACGAAGGCGAUCAACGACAUCCAAAAGGCUGUUCCAUCCCCCGGGGCCGGAGAACUCGUAUUCUUGCCGCUGGACCUGUCGGACCUGGCUACCAUCGAUGCAUCCGCGAAACAGUUCCUCGACCGCGAAGAGAAGCUGCACGUCUUGUUCAACAAUGCGGGGGUGAUGAACCCGCCACCAGGGUCGAAGACGGCCCAAGGCUACGAAUUGCAACUCGGUGUUAAUUGCAUCGGCCCUUACCUCUUUACGAAGCUCCUCACGCCUACACUGGUUAGGACGGCCAAGACGGAGCCCGCAGGUACCGUCCGCGUCGUCUGGGUCUCGUCGAUAGCCAUCGAGGGCGGCUUCAGCCUCAAAGGCGGCGUCGACAUGGACAACCUCGACUACCACAAGGAGGUCCCCGCCGGAAUCCCGUACGCAAUCAGCAAGGCGGGCAUGUUCUUCCACGGGACGGAAUACGCGAAGCGGUUCAAGGCUGACGGAAUCGUCAGUGUUCCACUCAACCCUGGCAUCUUGGACUCACCCCUUUGGCGCCGACAAGGAAAGGUGGCCAACUUCAUCUUUAAGACGCUUCUGUUCCAUCCUACUAUGUUUGGUGCAUACACGGAGCUAUUUGCCGGUUUGUCUCCAGACGUGACGAUGGAGAGGUCGGGACAAUGGGGUAAGAGACACUCUACUUGGGAGACCUUGAUGAUGGAAAAGUUUGAGCUGACGUUACCUACCUACUCAUUAGUGAUUCCGUGGGGCCGAUUCAAACCUGUGCGAGCCGAUCUUUUAGCUGCAUCUCGAUCUACGACAGAGCCUGGGGGGACAGGAACGGCCGAGAAGUUUUGGGAAUGGACAGAAGAACAAAUUAGAAAGUACCUCUAAGGAGGUGUGCACACUUGGAGUGAUAUUGUAAAAGAUAUCGCAUGUUAGCUGUCUAUAUGUUUCCUAGGGCGAGUUGAGACGAUAUUUCCGAUUGAUAACCUACGAGGUAUCCUUCUAUCAUUCGUCUCUAUGACGAUAAUAAUCUCAUUGAAACCUAAACUUCAAUUUCGCUAUCGGCUUCAUAGGUUACAAAUUCUUGCUGUGAAGAUUCUUGGCCCCACCAACAUCGCCUGUCCCAGCAGUACGGCACCGUAAGGUAAGUCGGGGUUAGCUAGUGGGACGAAUCCACUUAAUCACCAUCCACUAGAGACAGGUCAGGAACAAGACGCACGAACCAUUUCAUCCUCAAUUGUAGAAGAGAGACUGAUGAAUAAUCAUGGAAGUAACGAGUUCAAGAUUAAAGUCAUUCUUCCGAAAUACUUAUUAUGUGUUUACUUGAAGUUUAUCACUCGGUGUGAAGUUACACACAAUAACAUAAAAAGGGGGGCAAACGAAAAAGAAAAGGGGUAAAGUUCUAAGGUUAGUAAAAAGCCGCACAAAUAAGCGAAGGAAAGAAAAGCGAAAAAGGGACAAAAAAGAUAGAGAGGCCCCGCCGAGGAUUGAACUCAGGUCUCAGGAAAACUUGAAAUUAAUCAGAUGUCACUA